AUGAGGCAACCUGAAGUAUGGGGUCAUGGUUCAGUUGUGAUAUUUUUGAUCAUUGCAGCCAUUCUUCUGGUUGGCCCACUUCUGAUGGGUACUUCUACACCACCAGGAAUUCCUUUGCUUAUGGUGUUUCCAGUCGUUAUUGCAGCCGUUUUGAUAUUUCUUGUGGUAACCUCUGACUGA